AUCUGUAUAAGGUCCACACCCCGGGAGCUGAGUGAUUGCAGAAACUGGCCUUCCAUCUCUCUCAGACACCAAGCUGCAGAUCCAGGUCACUUUGUAGGUCACCACCUAGAGGGGAGGAAGACCUCGCUUUGGAGAGUGGGAAUAAAACGCUCGUGGAAAAGCGUACACGCUUUUCUGGGAAAGUGAGGCCACCAUGGCUCUGGAGAAGUCUCUUGUCCUGCUCCCUCUGCUUGUCCUGAUACUGCUGGUGCUGGGCUGGGUCCAGCCUUCCCUGGGCAAGGAAUCCCGGGCCAAGAAAUUCCAGCGGCAGCAUGUGGACUCAGACAGUUCCCCCAGCAGCAGCUCCACCUACUGUAACCAAAUGAUGAGGCGCCGGAAUAUGACACAGGGGCGGUGCAAACCAGUGAACACCUUUGUGCACGAGCCCCUGGUAGAUGUCCAGAAUGUCUGUUUCCAGGAAAAGGUCACCUGCAAGAACGGGCAGGGCAACUGCUACAAGAGCAACUCCAGCAUGCACAUCACAGACUGCCGCCUGACAAACGGCUCCAGGUACCCCAACUGUGCAUACCGGACCAGCCCGAAGGAGAGACACAUCAUUGUGGCCUGUGAAGGGAGCCCAUAUGUGCCGGUCCACUUCGAUGCUUCUGUGGAGGACUCCACCUAAGGUCAGAGCAGCGAGAUACCCCACCUCCCUCAACCUCAUCCUCUCCACAGCUGCCUCUUCCCUCUUCCUUCCCUGCUGUGAAAGAAGUAACUACAGUUAAGGCUCCUAUUCAACACACACAUGCUUCCCUUUCCUGAGUCCCAUCCCUGCGUGAUUUUGGGGGUGAAGAGUGGGUUGUGAGGUGGGCCCCAUGUUAACCCCUCCACUCUUUCUUUCAAUAAAACGCAGUUGCAAACACCUGA